UCUCUUUGACUCCAUUAAAACUGUCCUCAUUCUCAUUCACUCACUAUUUAUGUUCAUCUCCUCUCUCUCUCUCUCUCUCUCUCUCUCUCUCUCUCAUUUACUAUAUAUUUGUGCUCUUUGCUCCUUCUUCUCCACCUUACUCUCCCUUCUCCUUUUGCUUAAUCUCUUUUCUCUCUCUCUCUCUCUAUGGAAGCUGCAGCGGAGGAGGCGAUGGCAGCGAUGACAAAGGAGCAAUCUUUGGUCGUAAAAGGGAAGAGGACGAAGAGACAAAGGAUGCAGUCGCCCUUACCUUUCUCCAUAGCCCCAGCUCCUCUCUCGUCACACGCUGCAGAAGAAUCCACCAGUCUUCUUCUUGACGACGACGACGACAACGAUGAUUAUUACUCCAAGGACGACAACAAUAUCAACGCAACAGAAGACGACGACAACAAAAUGGUGAACGGUGUAACGAUAACUGCAUCAUCAGCUUCUUCUUCUUCCAACAACAACAACAACGACAACUCUGCGGUGAAUGCCGAGGAUGAAGAGGAUCAAGCCAUGGCGCGUUGCUUGAUCUUACUUGCCCAAGGCCAUUCCCUUUCCAAUCUCCAACAACAACAACGACAACAACGACAGCUAGUGCGUUACCACGAAACAAGUAACAACAACAACAGCAACAACGGUUUUAGAUUUAGCAGUAGGAAGUUCCUAGAAACUUCCGUAUCCAACGGUAACAACGGCGGUGGAAAGGCCGGUUACUAUGUUUACCAGUGCAAGACAUGUGACCGGACCUUCCCGUCAUUCCAAGCGCUCGGCGGCCACAGGGCAAGCCACAAGAAGCCUAAGGCCCUUCACCACCACCCGGACCUCGACCUCAAGAAAUCACUCCACAACGACACCGUUUCGCUCCGUCUGAACAACGCUACAACAACUUCUAACAACAAAAACAACGGCAACAGCAACAAUCAAAGGGGAGGUGCGAUGUACGGAACUACGAAGGUGAGCAGCAGUAGUAACAACGUCAACAACAGCGGCAACAAGGUUCAUGAAUGUGGGAUAUGUGGUGCUGAGUUCACGUCCGGGCAAGCCUUGGGCGGACACAUGAGAAGGCACAGAGGAGCGGUCGUGGCCGCUGCCAGCACGGCCCUGUCGCUGUCUCCGAUGUCGGACGGUCAAGAUUAUCCGGCCAAGAAGGCAAGAACCACCGCCGUCGUGUCGUUGGAUUUGGAUCUGAAUCUGCCGGCACCGGAAGACGAGAAUCGGGUCAACGGUUUAGGCUUUGCUUCCAAGCAAGAACACCAACAACAACAACAACAGCAGCAAAGAGAGGAACAAAAGUCUCUUGUUUUGUCUGCUCCUACAUUGGUGGAUUGCCAUUACUGAUGAUAAAGGAUGAUCAGAAAGGAUACAUUUUUAAAAUAAUUUAAAAAAAAAAAUUAAUCAAAUAUCAAUUUACCCAAUUCAGAUUCGGUUAUUUGACACAUUACAUGGAUAGAUCUGAUUUCGAUUGGUUCUGUAUCAAUCGCAUUCUUUUGUCGACACGAUUCCUUGCUUGCACUACUUUGCAAGAUUCUUGUUUUUGUUUUUUUUUUCAUUUCUUUUCCACAAGCAAGAAUACUAUAUGAUAUUAAAUAU